GACGUAGACUCUCGUUCGGCCAAUCACGAGCGCCGGACAGCGGAAACGGGAGAGAGGGGCCAAAGAGUUGUAGCACUGCCUUGUGACACGCGUUCAAGCUGCUCAGUUAUGUGUUUGUCUUGUGCUUUUUGUGUUUUAUGGUUCAGCAAUUGUGCAGUGAGCUACACAGCAAACAAAUGAAGGCUCUGAUUGUAGGAGUAGGAGGUGUGACCAACGGUGGAAAAUCGACUCUCGCCCAGAGUCUUCAGCAGCAGAUUCCCAACAGCUGCAUUAUUGCACAGGAUUCAUAUUUUAAGGAUGAGUCUGUGGUGCCAGAGGACAGCAAUGGAUUUAAGCAAUAUGACACACUCGACGCUCUCCACAUGGACACAAUGAUGGGUGUGGUGGACUCAUGGCAAAGAGAUCCCGAACUGUUCCUGAGGCAGCACCAGAACCCAGAGAACGCGGCACCGGCAGACGACAGGAAGGUGUUCGUGCUGAUAGUGGAGGGUUUCCUCAUUUUUAACUACAGGCCUUUAAACGAGUUGUUUGACAAAAGAUACUUCAUGGAAAUACCCUACGAUGUCUGCAGAAGACGACGAAGUUUGAGGGUGUACUCGCCGCCCGACCCUCCUGGAUACUUUGACGGACACGUGUGGCCGAGGUACCUACAGAACCGAAAGGAAAUGGAGAACACGGUCUCGGAAAUUGUAUUUCUAGAUGGACUGAAGUCAAAGGAAGAGCUUUUGGCUGCUGUGUACAAAGAUGUUUGUCAAGAAAUAAAAAGUCUGAGAGAGAGAGACUGAGGUGGUGGAGCUGCAGGAUGCUGCCCUAGAUGUCCGAACGAACGUGGAGCGUCAAACCACAAGUUGCCUUAAUGCUUAAAAAUGAUUUUAACUGAUGCUGAAGCACCAGGAACUGGACAGAAGCAGCUACAAUCUUAUGACACAAAUAACCAACAUUUAAAAGACCAGUAUUAUAAAGUAAUAAUAAGUUCUCUUAAUAGACAAAUGAGCUCUGAGAUUAUUAUUAUUUAGUACAGCUGACGCGUGAUAUAUUUUAGUGUUUCACAUCUCGCCAUGUUUUGUACAAAACUGAGCUUACAUCACUGCUAAAAGUAUGUUUUAAUAUUUGCAGUGUAAAUAUUAUAAACUGUUGUAUGAUUUUU